AUGAAUUCUCAAUCGAGGACCAACAAUAGGCCCGAGUUCCAGUCCAGGAAUGAGGAGGUCGAGACUCGCCGAGAUGUCGCUGAUAGCCCCGAAGAGAUCCCUGAGCCAGUAAUCAAGAAUGGGGUUGUCGUCAGUUCGGCGACCAAGCCCGAGGCCAAGAGUGUCUGGCUCGCCUGGCUCUACAUCUUCAAUUGGUACCCUGGUCAUUACAGUAAGGAGGAGAAGCGACUUCUCAGAAAGCUAGAUCGUACCAUUCUGCCCCUGAUUUGUUCUAUGUACUUCAUCAAGUGGCUUGACCAGUCCAAUAUUAACAAUGCUUAUAACUCGGGUAUGAAAGAAGAGCUUAAUCUCAAAGGGAUCGAGUACAACUUAUUCUCUACCUUCUACAACAUAGGCUACCUGGUGAUGGAGAUUCCCUGCAUGCUGCUCAUUUCUCGUCCCAAAUACGCUCGUUGGGUUCUGCCCAUCUGUGAAACUCUCUGGUCCAUUAUUACCUUUAUUCAGUGCCGGAACAACAGCGCACCGAUGAUCUAUGGCAUGCGUUUCCUUAUGGGGCUGUUCGAAACUCCUGCUGCUACUGGCUCUUUAUACGUUCUUUCCUCCUGGUAUCGGUCUGAUGAGGUGUUCAAGCGUGCUGGAGUCUGGUAUGUUUCGAGCAAUAUCGGUGCCAUGUUUGGUGGCUAUAUGCAAGCUGCCGCUCAUGCCGGUCUCGACGGAAAGGGAGGCAUGGCGGGCUGGCGCUGGGUCUUUAUCAUUGAUGGCAUCAUUUCUCUGCCUAUUGCUAUUGUCGGCUUUUUUCUCUAUCCAGGUGUGCCUACUAGUCCUCGUGUCUGGUGGCUCAGUGAAGACGACCAAAAGCUUGCUCAAGCACGUAUGCAAGACGAUGGGAUGAGGAAGAGCAAGAAGAUUGGCAAGAAGAUGCUGAAGCGCGUCUUUCGUAAGUGGCACUUUUACAUCGCUGUCGGCACCUAUGUCUGCUUUCAACUGACUACUUGGGUUGCUGGCCAGAUGAUUGUCUGGGUAAAGUCUACUGGCCAGUACUCUGUGGAGAUGAUUAACAUCCUACCAACUGGAGUCCAAGCACUGGCCAUUGUGGUCGGUAUCACCGUACCUUCGUUUGUUAUGGUGUAUCCGAUUUGGGUGCCUUUUUGUUUCGCGGGAACUGUCCUUCUCUUCUGCCACUCGGCCCUUUUAGUUUGGAACAUUCCUCUCGGUUUACAUUUUGCCGCAUAUUUCCUCCUUGGCAUGAGUUCUUGCAUUACCCCCAUGCUUUUCCCCUGGAUGACUGUCGGCUGGGCCUUCUUCACCUGGUAUAACGUUGUCGCGUUCCCCAUCACCCAAGGUCCUCGCUGGACCAAGGGGUUCUCAGCAAACGUCGGUCUCACCUGUUGUUAUCUUACUCUAUUUAUGGCAGGUCAAUUUCUCUGGAGACGGGAUAUCAAAGCUGGCCUAUAUAAGAGGGCUAUUGAAGAAGAGGAGAAUGAAGAGGCAGAGAAUGAGAAGCUUGGGUCAGACGGUUUAGAUGACAAGGCUACUAAUCAACAUGUUAGACAGGCUCAUAUUGAGGACAAGAACGCCGAGGAUGAGAGGAUCAAGGAGAUAAAGUAA